GUGCAGUGUAUCGACGGUCCACUCAUCUCCAAACAUGCAGCUUUCUGUGCUCUUUACUGCACUUGUAUCUUUUGUCAUCCUCGCGGCAGCGUCACCCGUUGCGCCAGGAGCCAUCUCGAAACGUUCCUUUAAACGAGAGAACCUUGACAUCAAUUUUGAACGUCAUCUCCCGAAGACUGGUCUUGAUGAUUCAGACUUGAGAUUGGGUCAAAGACUACAGGACAUUCGACGGGGAGAAGUAUUGAUACGAUGAUUGAGAUGGAGAAUCAAAGGAGAACGUGUAUAAGGCAUGCAACGAAGAGUGAUUGCGUAUGUAAAAGAAAGAAAUGAGUACGUACGAGAGUGUCGUCGAUAGUCGUAUCUUGACAAGCCAGACAAACGC